CCGCUCGCCGUGGAUCGCUGCCGCUCGCGCUGCGGAAUAUUGUCAUGGCUGCCACAUUAGUCGAGUGGCUUCGCCCGCCAGUCACCACCGUACAGUGUGCGUUUGCGUCCGAGUGCCGUGUUCGACCUCAUCGCCAAACAUUUCCCAGCACAGCGCUUUCCGCACACACAGCGAACAACAACGGGCCGACGCCUGUGGGAUUAACGAUUUUGAUGUGGUGUCGAUCGACGGACUCGCCAGCGACUUGCAGUGCGGCGUGAGUGUGAGUAAGUCAGUGUAUAUUGUAUAUUCGCUCGACAUUUUCGGCCGCGCAGUGUGUGCGCGAUGCUGUUCUUCGGUGCGGCGUGAAAACACGCACAACGAACGCGCGCGUUGUUGUGGAUCGGCGUGUUUUUCGCGCGGCGCUUAUGAUGUCGCCGCUGGUGUCGUUACAGUGCUGCGUCUAGAGUUGUGUAUGUGUAGGUGUAGUGUAUACCUCAGUGCCCUCUGUGUGUGUCUGUGAGAGUGUGUUUGCCGCUUUGUGGAGAUAUAUGCCAUUUACGUAAGGGAGUUACUGCUGCAGGACGACGAUACACAUUCGGAGUACAUUGUUGUGUUUGUGUGUGGGUAUAUUGUGCACAACGGAAGGAGUUAAUCGGUGCUCUUCGGCAGGAGAACAGCCAUACAUCUUACGCUUUAGAGAGGUGUAAGAUGUGCGUAGGGAGAGAGGGGUGUGUGGCCGCGGGGCAGAGUCUCGGCGGCUACUCAGCGCCCCCGGUGCCAUGGCGGCCCCAAUGAGGCCCACCUCAUCGCAGGACCCCGGCCACCGACCCAGGGUGGCGGACUCCAACUUCGAGUACGAUGACAACGAGUGGGACAUCGGCAUCGGCGAUCUAAUAAUUGACUUGGAUGCGGACAUAGAAAAGACGGACGAGGGGGGCAUGGCCUCCAAUGCGAGCCCCUCGGCGAAGGCGGCCGCAGCCGCCAAAAUGGCCGUCGAGCAUUCGGCGACCGUCGACAAGGGACUGAAAAUGAAAAUCAAGCGCACGAAGCCGGGCACCAAGAGCUCGGAGGCGAAGCACGAAAUCGUCAAGAGCAACGAGCAGAAUGGCGGCACCGAUACGACGACGCCGGGUGACGGCGGCGGCGGUGGUAAAUCUAGUAAACAUCCGUCAACCGGUGGCGGUGCGGCUAAUGCCAACGCGUCUUCGACGAACGCCAGCAGUGGGAACUCAUCCUCAUCGUCGUCGUCGUCAUCGUCGUCAUCAUCAUCUUCGAGCGGUAGUGGCGGCGGGUCGAGUAACAACCCCAACGGAGGCAGCUCGAGCGGCGGCGGUGGUGGUGGCUGUGGCAGUGGCGGCAGCAGUAAACGGGGCUCGAGCGGCCACCGCCGGGACAAGAAGCAUUCCUCCGAGAAGCCGAGCCCCAAAGUGCCAGUGAACAAUAGCAGUGCGCAGGAGGUGAACGGUGUGUUGCGCGUGACAGCGCCAGUGACUCAGCGGCCGGUGUUUCCGGCGAGCGGCGGUGGGCCGGGACCACCUCAGGGGCCCGCGAGUGGGGGCGGGGGUGCACAGGGGCCGCCUGCGAGUCCGGCGGCAGCCACAGGCGCCGCGGCCAAGCCGGAGCAGGCGAAAGUGACGGCGAAUAGCGCUGCUGCACAGCCGGGUAUCGCGGUUGGCGCGCCGCCGGCGGGGACACAAGCGACGGCUGCAGCCGCCGCCGCUGCUGCUGCUGCUGCUUCUCUUCUCCUACCCGGGCAGCAGCAGCAGCUUGCCUCGAAUCUGGAUGAUGGCAGCUCGUCGCCGCCACCGUCCAAAAAGCUUAAAACCGAGCCGAAGGACACAAAUGAUGUUUGUGUGGGAACAAGUGUGGGUACCAUCACCGAGCCGGAUUGUCUGGGCCCGUGCGAACCCGGCACGAGUGUUACCCUCGAAGGCAUCGUGUGGCACGAGACAGAAGGCGGCGUGCUCGUCGUCAAUGUGACGUGGCGCGGCAAGACCUACGUCGGCACCCUGCUUGACUGCACCCGCCAUGACUGGGCUCCCCCAAGAUUCUGUGAUUCACCCACAAGUGACUUAGACACACGAACCCCCAAAGGGCGAGGAAAGCGCGGCCGGUCGGCGGCAGGCGCGACGCCCAGCACGGAUCUGAGCAACUUCACCGAGACGCGGUCUUCAGUGCAUAGUAAACUGAGGAAUGGUGGUACUGUGAAAGGGCGGCGAGGGGCUGCGAAUGGGUCAGCACCUCCGACGGCACCUUCCUCGCCGACGCCCUUUAUCCCACCGCGUCCGGAGCCAUCGAACAAGCGUAAAAGUCGUGCGGGUGAAGAGGAACCACCUGCAAUUCCCACUGGUAAGAAGAGUAAGGUGAAUCCGGCGACUGCGAAUGCUGUUCCGGCUACGCCGCCAGCGGGUGCUUGCUCUUCGCCGCCACCAUCACCUGUUCUCCUCGAAUGUCCCGAACCCAAUUGCUCCAAGAAGUACAAGCACAUCAACGGGUUGAAGUAUCAUCAGUCGCAUGCACAUAAUGCUGGUGAUGAUGAAGAUACAAAGGAUGUGACAUCGAUGUCGGAAAAUGAUGAGAGUAACAUCGAAGCGCCGAGCCCCGCCACCCCUGUGAAGUCACCGGAAAAGAGCCAGGAUAGCCCGCUGACACCGCAGAAGAAAGAGACGGUUGAGUUACCUUCUCUUUUGCGUGGCUUGGACGUGCCCAGCCAGCCAAACACGCCACCCUCACCGAUUAUACCACAAACCGACCUCGCGCCUGCGGUUUCGCCCAGCGUCGUACCCGUCCCCGAGACGAAAAACGUAGUCAAGCCGGGCGUGCUCAGAUAUACUGCCAACGAAGAGUUUCCGGUCGGCGUGUUCUCCGGGAAGACGCAGAACUCGAAUGCGAGUAUUCCGUCGAUAAAGACGGAGGAACCCGCGCCACCACCGCCAGCGAAUACAUCGCAGCUGUUUAAACCGCAGGAGCAAAUAACCACCUCGCAGUCGUCGUUUGCGAAUCAGCUGCAGGCGCAACAGCCGACGUUUUCACAACCGCCGACGUUACUCAUUCCAACACAGAAUGCCAAUAAUGGAACGUCGAUACCUUCACCAUCACAGAGUCCCAAGCCGAGUCCGUUGGGUCAGUUCAAAGUUAAACCCACCGCGGCGCUUAUGCCUGAGGACAAGAACAAAACACCGGUGAAGCCUUCAUUACCUGCAUCGUUUAAGAAGAAGAACAGGAAGUCGCCGGCUGGUAGUCCUGACCCGCCUACGCAGAAUGAAACGCCUGUGUUUGGCAUGGAGCAACCUCAGACCGGAAGGGACGAGGUGCAGAGCCCUGCUUAUUCGGAUAUUUCUGAUGAUGGGGCGCCUGUGCUCGAUGCUGAGGAUAAGAGCAAGUCGGAUAAGAAGACUGAUAAUGCACCGCCAAUGCAACACAUGCAACAGGCUUAUGCUAAUAUGUAUCAUCUCUAUGGACAGCCAUCUUACUUAGUGCCGUCGGUCCAACCGCAGCAGCAACCUCAAGAUGUAAGCAAGUCCAAGGAGUUGGAUAAAAUCGGUGAGAAACCACCAGAGAAGGAAAUUAAAAAGGAGAGCCUGCCAACUGAAUAUCAGCAAAAAGUGAUGCCUCAACACUACUACCCGCCAUACGGUUAUAUGCCGCAACAGGGCUAUGCGUACAACAUGGACCCACAGUUUGGUCCAGUGCCUGUCAUGCCCGAGGAAAAGAUCAAAGAGGAGCGCGUUAAAGAGAACCAGAGUCCGAUCGAUCAGUCCUCUAAGCCCGGAAACCCGCCGAUCCCGAAUCCGAUUCAAGUUCCGACGCCCGGUAAAGUCAAGAACAACAACGAUCAAGCGAACAAGGCUAACCACGCACAACAGCAACCACCGCCGUCACCACAUCAGACCAACCAUCUACGGCCGCAGAAUAACCAAGUGUUUAUUGAUUCGGAUCAUCAAAAGAACGAAAAUCAUCAAAUACUGAAGGAGAGUAUCGAGAUGAAGAAUCAGAUGUCUUCGUAUGGUUAUUCGCGGCCCAACCCGCAGCAUCACAAUCAGCGUGAGCAGGAUAUGCGGCGGUAUUAUGUGUUUGACCAGCAUCGGAAAGAACCACCGCCGGAGAAAACCAGCACGACAGGCACACCGAACAAGGCGCCACCACCACAGAGUCCAAGUCUGAAACAUUCCUCGAAGGACAGCAAUAAGGAGGAGAAGAAAGAAAAGGAGGUUAAACAGGAAGGUGUUAAACCUACAAUGGAGACACAGGGUCCGCCACCACCUCCAACGUCGCAGCAAUACUAUAUCCACCCCAGUUAUAUGCAAUCGCCACAUUAUGGCGCGCUGCAUUUUGACCCCAACCACCCUAUGUACCGUGGCAUAAUGGUACCUGGUCCCUACAGCGGGAGUCCCUAUUUCAACCCGCAAAUGCCAAGGUACCAUGGCCCCGAGGACCUGUCGCGAGCGCAGCCGCCAACGAAAGCUCUGGACAUGCUGCAGCAUCAUGCGCAGUACUAUUCCUCACACAAAAUCCACGAGCUGCAGGAGCGCGCCAUUAAAUCCCCCACGCCGAAGACUUCAGUGGCGUCCAGUAGUCCAUCUGCGGCGCCGUUAAGCAGCGCACCACCUAACCAGAUCGUGCCGCAACCCUUGACGACACAAGCGGGUAUGCCGCCUGGAGGUCCACAGAAUCAAACCCCUGGUGGGAAACAAACGCCCGCUGACGGUGGAAAAGAUAGUCGCAGUCCGCCGCCACAGCGACAUGUGCAUACACAUCAUCACACGCACGUCGGACUCGGCUAUCCGAUGUAUCCUGCUCCCUAUGGCGCUGCUGUUUUAGCAAGCCAACAAGCGGCCGUCACGAUGAUCAACUCCUACCCGCCGAAAUGAGACGUAAAGUGAGGGGGCGGUAAGCCGCCUCCGCCCCCGACCCCGCGCAAGCAAACGAGCAAACGCAGCCGGCGUCCAGCCGGCAAGGACGAGGUCGGGACGCAGCGCAGGAGCGACGCGACAAAGACUCUGUAACAAGCAUUCCAAUAAGUAUGUGUGUUUAAAUAGUGCGCACCGGAGAGGACAAAGUGAAAAAAAGUAAUCAGACUGACACAAAGUGGAGUGGAGUGACGAGUGCGAUUGAUGACGGAUGGGACUUAAAGCGCUUCUUUGUCUCUUUCUCUCUCUAUCUUGUUAUAAUCUAACUGUUAACGUUCGUAAUCGCAGCGCUAGUGAAAUGAGAACGCAAGGACGAAAAACGGGAUUGAAGGUGUGUGUGUGUUCAACAAACGCGCGAGCAUAUACAAACACCGCAGAUGGUAAAAACGCAACAGGCACUCGAUUUUAUUUGUUCAUAGGUUGUUGCAAUGCUCCCCGGGCCCCCCAAACCACCCCUCUUCCCAAUUCUCCAGUAACGCGCUGUAUAAUUUUUUAAUGUAUAUAGUGUAAAGACGAGAGUGUCUUUUUAGAUGAUGAUUCGUAUUGUAGACUGAAGAUAUUGUAAUAAAUAUGAAACUAAACUUGGAGAAAAUGCAAAAUGCAACAAAACAGCGGACGGAACAUUAUUAGUGUAUUUUUAAAACGCGAACGCAAAAAACAAACACGUUCAGUUUGAUGUCUAUUUUUAAUUUCUUUUUUUAAUAAGAUGCUAUAUAUAUAUUAUACAUAUAUAAAUUAGUUACGUCCGAUGGAUUUUAAAGCACGAUACGUUUCUAUAUUAUUUUUUUUUUUUUUGUUUUUUUCUCUCUCGCCGUUAAUGUUGUUCAUUAGCGUCGCGAUCGUGUACACGAUUCGUUUUAAUACAAACAGGAGUAAAACGCAACUCGUUCCAACUUGUCUCAGUUUUAGUGGGACGUGUCUGACGAUAGUAUAUUUGUAUAAUUAUUCUUAAUUAAAACAAAGCAGGAGAUGAUGAUGAUGAGAGUGUUGUAAAUCGAUAACGAGAUGAUGAUGAUGUUUUUACUUAAAACUUAUUAUUGCAGUCUGUACAAGAACGAAACGCGUUCCGUGCAAUUUUAAAUUAUAUACCCCCAUAAAAAUCCGAACGCAAUAGAAACAAAACCGAGCAGAGAGUGGCUGAAACGAUAUUUAUUAUUAUGACAUGGAUUUAUUGAACAAAAUGCAUACACAGAUACACAUACUCACACUCUUAACAUGAAGAACGAAUAAAACAAAUUGAAACUCUACAAAUUACGAAUAAAACAUUAUUGUACAGGCUCCAAACAGCUUUAAUGUAAAAUUGCUUAAUAAAAGUAAUCAAAGUCCAAUAA